CCUCAAUUGCCCAUGGAUUAAUGGGUUGAAAUUUACCGAAAUUGGAUUUCAAGAUUGCUCCUCAAUCGAACUGAUCUUACGCAGACCCACGAUUCUCUCCUUACACAUCCAUUCUAAGGCAUCCUGUUAGAGUUGUCGAUGCACGUCCUAUCAGUUGUCCCGUAAGGUUUUAAUCGCGGUCGUUUGUCACUGACGUGUGAGCUUUCGGGAUUCUGCGUACUUCUCCUUGUUCUUUUCACUCUCUUCCCCUUCCUUAUUUCUCCUCUGGGGGAAAAACAGAUGCGUCUAUGAGGAGAACAUCAGUAUCGUUGCCCACGAAGCACGUCGCUCGCGAUCCUCACGAGAAACCCGCGCGAUACGGAAACAAUCACGCACAAAGAGAGAACCGCAUAUUAGACAAGCUACAAGCCGGCUGGAUGAAUCAGGCACAGAAGACGCGGUGGUUGAAGACCACUGCAAUAGUAGUGUUUUUGGUCUUCCUCUUCUACUAUUUGUCGCCGAAGGGUGUGGAUAUCUACCAAGGUGUAUCGAAAGGAGGCCAAGUCCCCUCCGACUCGACAUACGGUACCGAGACGUGCACCAGGUCGUAUUCCAAGGACAAACCAAUCGUCCAAUAUGUCCUCAUGAUCGAUGCCGGCAGCACUGGAUCUCGUAUCCACGUGUACAAGUUCAACAACUGCGGGCCCACCCCCGAGUUAGAGAAGGAGGAGUUCAAGAUGACCGAGAAGAGCGUGGGUGGCUUGAGCAAGUAUAAGGACGAUCCUCUUGCCGCCGCAAAGACCUUGGAUGCUCUUAUGGCCGUGGCCAUGACGACGGUUCCCGACAAGCUGAAGGGUUGCAGCCCUGUUGCCGUCAAGGCGACGGCUGGCCUCCGAAUGAUUGGCGCCGAAGCUAGUGACAAGAUUCUCGAGGCUGUCAGAAAUCAUCUGGAGCAGGACUACCCAUUCCCAGUUGUUUCUCGCGAGGACAAUGGCGUUGCCAUCAUGGACGGAUCUGACGAGGGAGUCUAUGCCUGGAUCACGACCAACUACCUUUUGGGCAAGAUUGGCGGACCUGACCAAAGCCCGACUGCAGCCAUCUUUGACCUUGGCGGCGGCUCUACGCAGAUCGUCUUUGAGCCAACUUUCAAGGGAGCGCCUGAUGGAGGUAUGCCCGAGAAGCUGGCGGAGGGCGACCACAAGUACAGCCUGGCUUUUGGCGGGCGUGACUUUGAGCUCUACCAACACUCUCACCUUGGGUACGGUCUGAUGGCUGCACGAAACUCCAUUCACCUCAACUUGGUCAAUGAUCUAGCCGAGUCAAAGAAGGGUAAGGAGUGGCUGAAAAAACCCAUCAUCAAUCCCUGCAUCAACGCUGGACAGAACGACACCAUCACCGUUGAUUUUGGCAGCGACCAUGACCUGGCCUCAGGAAAGGUCGAGCUGACCAUGGUUGGCCCCUCCAACCCUGCCCCCGCACAGUGCCGCAACAUGGCUGAGAGGAUCCUGAAGAAGGACGCCAGCUGCAAACUCUCGCCUUGCUCCUUCAACGGCGUGCACCAGCCCUCACUGGCCAAGACCUUCGCCAAGGAGGAUGUCUACGUCUUCUCGUUCUUCUACGACCGUCUCAAGCCCCUCGGCAUGCCGGAUUCCUUCACCCUGCGCGAGCUCCACGACCUGACCAACACCGUCUGCGGCGGCGAAGAGGCCUGGGGUGUCUUCAGCAGCAUCAACGGCGCUCUUGACGAGCUACGUGACCGCGGCGAGUAUUGCCUGGACCUGAAUUUCAUGAUUGGUCUUCUGCACACUGGGUACGAAAUGCCCAUUGAUCGGGAGGUUCGUAUUGCGAAGAAGAUCAAGGACAACGAGUUGGGUUGGUGUUUGGGAGCUAGUUUGCCUCUUUUAGCGAAGGGCUCCGGCUGGACCUGCAAGGUGACUGAGAUUCAUUGAAAGCAUUGAAUUCCAAGGCGGCGUAAGCAUUUACAGAUAUAUAUAAUGACUGAGGGACAUUGGCAAGGGGCCCCCAAAAGGCUGGCGUUUGGUUGUAUGUGUAUAUAUGGUUCAUG